ACAGUUUCUUCUGUUUCGGCCUCAGGAAAGACAGCCAAAACACUAGAGACCUCGCCAUGGGUAAGGUGAAGGGAAAGCAUCGUCUUGAUAAGUAUUAUCGCCUCGCUAAGGAGCAAGGUUAUCGAUCGCGAGCCUCAUGGAAGCUUGCUCAGCUCGAUACCAAGUUCUCUUUCCUCCGUUCCGCCCAUGGUGUCCUCGAUCUCUGCGCCGCUCCCGGUGGUUGGAUGCAGGUCGCCGUUCAGCGUGUUCCCGUUGGCAGUCUCGUCCUCGGUAUAGAUCUCGUUCCGAUUGCGCCGAUUCGUGGGGCGGUGGCGAUGGAGCAGGAUAUCACCAGGCCUGAGUGCAGGUCGAAGAUCAAGCAGGUGAUGGAAAAACAUGGUGCUAGGGCUUUUGAUUUGGUUCUGCACGAUGGGUCUCCGAAUGUCGGUGGUGCGUGGGAUCAGGAGGCCAUGAGCCAAAACGCUUUGGUUAUCGAUUCCGUGAAGUUGGCUACCGAGUUCUUGUCCCCGAAAGGGACUUUCGUUACCAAGGUUUUCAGGUCACGGGACUACAACUCUGUGCUCUUCUGUCUUAAGCAGCUUUUUGAGAAAGUGGAAGUUUUUAAACCACCAGCUAGUCGUUCAGCUUCUGCUGAAACAUAUCUGUUGGGUCUGAAGUAUAAAGCUCCUGCCAAGAUUGAUCCUCGCCUUCUUGAUGUCAGACAUCUCUUUCAGGGUGCUAUAGAACCCUCAAGAAAGGUUGUGGAUGUGCUUAGAGUGUCAAAACAGAAAAGACACCGUGAUGGGUAUGAAGAUGGAGAGUCGAUUGUGAGGAAAGUUGCGUCAGCAGCUGAUUUCAUCUGGUCGGAAAGUCCUCUUGAGAUCCUUGGUUCUGUUACCACUAUAUCCUUUGAUGAUCAAGCUUCUUUACCUAUAAAAGAACAUGAUUUGACGACAGAAGAGGUUAAAAUUCUUUGUGAUGAUCUACCUGUUUUGGGGAAGAAUGACUUCAAACAUCUCCUAAAGUGGCGAAUGCAACUCCGGAAGGCUCUAUCUCCUUCACGGAAGGAAAGUUCGAAGAAGGAUCCUGAUGCCGAAAAGGAAGAGGAGGAAAAUGAUGAUGAUAAACUUCUCAAUGAAUUGGAGGAGUUGACAAACGCGACAGACCGCAAGAAGAAACGGGAGAAGAAGCUCCUUGCAAAACGACGAGCUAAGGAUAAGUUGCGGAAGGCAACAGGUGCACAGAUAGAUGCCCUUGAAGAUGGUUAUGUAGACCAUGAGUUAUUCUCUCUUUCUUCUAUCAAGGGGAAGAAAGACCUGAUGGCAGUUGACAAUAAUGAAGAUGGUAAUGCCAAUGACAGUGAGAAUGACGGACGUCGUGAGGGAACCUCAGAGGUGUCUGACAGUGACAUAGACACUGAUGAAGAACGCCAGAGAUACAACGAACACAUGGAAGAGAUUUUUGAUGAGGCCUAUGACCGUUAUAUGGCAAAAAAGGAAGGGAGCGCUAAGCAAAGGAAGCGAGCUAGGCAAGUCUACGCUGAAAAAUUGGAGGACGGUGAUGGUGAUGAAGAAAUUCUAUCUGAUAAUGAUUCAGACAAGAACGAGGGCAAUGAUGAGGCAAACCCUCUGAUGGUACCCCUCGAUGAUGGGGAAGCCGCAACGCAAGAGGAGAUUGCCAAUAAAUGGUUCAGUCAAGAUAUCUUUGCGGAAGCUGUGGAGGAAGGAGACUUGGGAAAAGAUGACAGUGAAGACGAAAUGCAGGUCCAAAAACAGAACAAAAAUCCGUCUAAAGCCGACAAAUCAAUGGAGAAGAAGCUGAAGUCAAGCACGUCUGCUGAUCAGAUCCAGCCCAAGAGUACCAAAAAUGAAGAUGGCUUUGAGAUAGUCCCAACACCAGCCACGGAUUCAAGCUCCGACUCAUCCUCUGACGAGUCUGACGAAGAAGACGUCAACUCGAAAGCCGAGAUACUUGCCUAUGCCAAGAAAAUGCUUAGGAAGAAGCAGAGAGAGCAGAUGCUUGACGAUGCCUAUAACAAGUACAUGUUUGACGACGAGGGUUUACCCAAAUGGUUUUUGGAUGACGAGAAACGUCACAGGCAGUCAAUAAAACCUAUCACGAAGGAGGAGGUUGCAGCCAUGAGAGCUCAAUUCAAAGAGAUCAAUGCUCGUCCUGCGAAGAAAGUGGCCCAGGCCAAGGCAAGGAAGAAGCGAGCUGCCAUGAAAAGGAUGGAGAAGGUACGGAAGAAGGCGAACAGUAUAUCAGACCAAGCAGACAUUUCAGACCGAUCAAAGAGCAAGAUGAUCGAACAGCUAUACAAGAAAGCAGAGCCUAAAAGGCCUAAGAAGGAAUACGUGGUGGCGAAGAAGGGAGUCGGGGUGAAGGUCGGGAAGGGUCAAGUGAGAGUGGACCGGAGGAUGAAGAAGGACUCGAGGUCUCGUGGCGUGGGCAAAGCCGGUAAGAAGGGGAAGAAAGGCGGUCAUGGCGGCGGUGGCAAGGCACAGAAAGGGAAAGGUUCUGCCGGCAAGAAAGGGAAGAGAGCCGCUUAAAGAUUGUUCAUUCACAUGGCAAUUUUUUAUGGACCGCAGAUCAAACAUGCUGUAAUUUUCCCUCUCUCCUCUAUUUUAGGUGAGAAAUUAGAUUGAUGCUUUUUCUAUAGAGUGGAAACCCUGAGGAACUUUUUGGAGCAAUCAAACCACUAAAUUAAAAUUAUAAAUGUUUCGUUUCUUAA